AUGUCUCUCACAGAUCAACCUCGCCCCAUUCUCAACGCGGGGCAUUCAUACGAAGCAGCGGCGAAGAACACCCGCUCAUUCGCUCUCUCCUCCAAAGCAGCGGCCUUUGACGAGCCCAUCUUCGACAAGUUCGACGACAUGGACCACUCGGACGCCUUGGCCCCAAGCCCCGAGCUCGAGAACGGUGCCGUUCCCCAGUUGCCUACAAAGAGCGCUCUUCGGGCCUCGCGGGUGCUCGGCAACUUGAAGUUGAACCUGGACAACGGUGCUGUCGAGACGGCGGAGCUUGGUACACCGCAUGAUGUUUACCUUUCCUCUGAGGAAGACGCCUCGUCCGACGCCGACGACUUCUCCGAUUACGACUACGACUCGAGCGUGGAGGACCCGGCCUCGCCCAGCAGGGUCAACAGCCGUGAAGACACAGCGAGGGUGGUGUCGGUCGUGUUCGCAGGGAAGCCAUCUCUUGUCGAUCUACCAGCGACAAGGAAACGACCGGCAUCGAGCAAUUCGGAAUCCACGUCAAGGAUACGAUCCAGUACAGAGUCGACAUCCGUGACCGAACCGACCGCUACCAAGUCCAUCCCAGCCGAAGACCGUCCAGUGUCGCCGGCAAGCACCGCCUCGUCACGAUAUUCUUACAUUGCUAGGGACAUGUCGGCGAAGCGGAGGAGCACAUUUCUAUCAGAUAUGUUGACGAACAACAAGAAGCCGACCUUCCUCAGCAUUGACCCCUACGCCAAUGGCAGCAGCUACACACUUAACAUCCCCAAGGCGCUCGACAGCCUCGAAGGCGAGGUCCAUUCGACCAAGACGCCGCGCACGCCAACCGCACUUUUCAAGGGAGUGACGAGAUCAUUCAGCCUGUCCCGGAAGCGGAGCCGGCCGAACCUGAACUCCCCCCAACCCGCGGUGCCGAAGCUGGACACGUCAUUUGCGUCGGAGCGGAAUACGAUGGCCUCGCCGGCAACUGCUGUUUCGGUGGACAGUCUCCCGCAGCAACAACCACAUCUUGCACAAAAGACGCCACAGACACCGGUGACGUACACGGAUAUCCUCCGCGCGGUCAAGCGCAACGCGACCGUCAUGGGCGCACCACCAGCAAACAACGACAUCGUGUCACCUACUGCUGAAAACAACAGCCCAGUGUCGAUCAGGAAGGGGAUACUGAGCGGGCUGUCAGCUAAGAGGAGGAGCGUCAAGCUCAUGGGGAAGUCUUGA